AUGAAAUUACCAAUUCAUUUAAUCUUGUUGGCUACAUCGAGUCUGGUUUUCGUCGACUUCACUGAGGCUAUUCAUCAUGAACUGUUCAUCAAAGAUGUCCACAAUAAGUAUAAACCCGAAAAAAUGUGGAUAAUAUUGGGACCAGACAAUCUCCUACUAGAAAAAGCUGCCAUCUGGCAUGGGGUAAUGAAGAUGCUCUCACAUGAGGGUACAUCUACGCGUAUUGUUGACUUCGAUGAAGGAAAUGUUUUUUUUAAGACUAUCGGUAGUAAAGAUACGCACACACUUAUUGUAUUAGUACUGAAUACACUCGAAGAAGUGAAGUAUUUUGAAUCAAUGACCACGAAAAUUUCAUCAAAGUACGCUAUUUGGUUGAUAAUUUUUGAGAGCAAUGGUAGUCAAGAUAUCUGUGAAUUCUGUCGGAAGCCCUACGGAAGUUUAUCAAAUCCAAAAUUUGGUUUAGAAGUAAUUACACUUUGCUGUGAGUCGAGUGUAAUUAUGAAAUGGCAAUAUAGUCGAACAAAUCGCACCCAAAGACUGGAAGUUGGUAAAAUCAGGGAUGAAAAUCAUAGAAUUGUGUGGUCCGCUGAUGAGUUGAAUCGUAACCAAAAAUAUUCUAUGCAUGGACAGCCAGUACGUAUUGUCGCAGUCAAAGCAAGUCAAACGCUGUGGGAAGUCAAUGGAAAAUAUCGUGGACCUAUCGGUGAAUUACUAAGCGAAUUAUCUCAAGCAAUGAAUUUUACGAUACCCGAAAUUAUGUGGGAGCAAAAUUACGGCGUAUUGGAUGAAAAUAAUCAAAAUUGGACUGGAGCUAUUGGAAGAAUUGCACGAGCCGAAGCGGACAUUGGUAUUAAUGGUUUUUUCAUGACUCCUCAACGAUACCGUUCGGUUUCCUUUACAUCUCCAAUAUCAUUUGUAUCAUUGCAUCUGUAUGUGAGGAAUCAAAAUGUUGGUGGCUCAAUAUGGAAUGCUUCUUUCAAGACAUUGACAGUAGACGUCUGGAUAGUUAUUGUUGGUAUAAUUGUGAUAACUCCACUUUUACUGACUAUCAUCGUAUACCGACGAAAAGAUUAUUUUUUUCCUCUUCUUUUUGAACAUUAUUCCUACAUAUGGGGUCUCUACUGUCAACAAGGAGUACCAGUCUCGCCCGAAAGAAUACCUGUGAGGAUUGUAUAUUUAUCGAUAUUGAUAUCGGCGAUGAUCACCUUAGGGGCAUAUUCUGGAACAAUGAUAAGUAUACUUGCUGUGUCAUCAGACUUUGAACUCAAUUCAAUGGAAGCAAUCGUGAAAGACGGUUCCUAUAAACUCAUAACUAUGGAUCCCUACCUGGUUACUGAUAUGUAUAAGUUCUCGGACGAGAAAAUAAACCAGAAAUUUCUAUCUCUUUUAAAACCCCAACAUUUGCAGCCUCGCACCCCUCUCGAAGCAUUCAAUCAGGUAUGCACAGAGAAAGCAGCAUACUUAACCUCUGAAUGGCAGAGGAGAAUUAUUCUCAAUAAAAUACAAUGUAAAAUUUCAUUAAUAAAUACUGGAAUAAAACCAACAGCUGCAAUGAUCACACCAUUGGAAAGCAAACUUCUCGCUCCUUUGAAUUAUCAUCUUGAACGGUUGAAGCACCAGGGACUAAUAGGAAGAUUGGAGCGCAAGUAUUUAGUUCCUCUAGAACUCAAAAAACCAUCUCAUCCACCAGUCACAGUGGAAGGAAUUCUACCGAUACUGAUCAUUAUACCUCUUGGAUUAUUAAUCGCAAUUAUAAUUUUUCUCAUCGAGCGAAAUAUUCAUUUAUUCCGGACAUUACUCAGUCAGAAAAAACGUAAGGGUGUGGUAGAAAAGGGCAAAGUUCGGGGAAUUCCACCCUACAAUUAUAUGCCUUAAAAAUAUUCGGGGGUUUAAUUAAAAAUUAUAUUAAAAAAUCCAAUGUAGAUGUGUCAUUAACGGAUUAUCCGUGACAUGAUUGUGUGAAGUCUUUCUAAUUGCAAUAUUUAUAUAUCCACAAACGUUUGAAUUGAAUUCAAUUUGUAGCACGACCUCGACGUAAUUUGCGUGCGGUUGUUUUCCAUAAUUCCGUAAAAUCGGUUAAUUCCCCAUGAAAACCGAAUUAUUCAACUUGUUCAAUCAUUGUAAUAAAAAAUCCAUGAAUGUUAAUAAAUAAAAAGAAGUGUAUCCUGUUCUCACAUUCUGUCUAGUGAAUUUUUUUUCAAUUUAAAUUUUGUCUAUACCCAAUAAAAAUAAUAGACAACUGCUGACCUUCUAGUUACAACCUAUGAUCAUAAUUUGUUGGAGGCAUGCGACACCUCAACAUUCGUUCAAAAAUAACCGCAAAAUGUAAAGAGACUUCAUUAUCUCAUAUCAUGAAAAUGAAAGAGUAAAUAUGAA